AUGGCUCAUGGCCAUAUGAUUCCAACCCUGGAGAUGGCCAAGCUUUUCUCUUCCAGGGGUGUGCAGACAACUGUAAUUGCCACUUCUGGAUUUGUAACACCAGUAGAAAAUGCUAGGAAAUCGGGAUACAAUAUUGGGAUUCAUGUAAUGAAAUUUCCACCAGAGAACUCUGAAUUGCCUGAUGGAAUCACGAGUCUUGAUCAAAUAAAAUCAGAUGAUAUGAUUAUCAAUUUCACAAAAGCCUUGGAGUUGCUCCAGGAACCUUUGGAAAAACUCCUGGAAGAAUAUCAUCCAGAUUGUCUUGUUGCAGAUAUGUUCUUUCCAUGGGCUACUGAUGCUGCAGCCAAGUUUGACAUCCCAAGACUGGUUUUCCAUGGAACAAGUUUUCUAUCUUUGUGUGUUUCAGAACACAUGAGGAUUUUCAACCCCUACAAGAAUGUAUCAUCUGAUUCUGAGGGGUUCGUCUUGCCAAAUCUCCCCCAUCCUCUCAAGUUUAAAAAGACACAGAUUCCUAAUUUUGGUGAUGCAGGAAUUGAAAAUUAUUUCACAAAGUUGUUAACCAAAAUGAAAGAAUCAGAGACCAGAAGCUAUGGAGUUAUUGUUAACAGCUUCUACGAGCUGGAACCUGAUUAUGCCGAUCAUUUUAGGAAAGUUCUGAAAAGAAAUGCAUGGCAUAUAGGCCCUCUUUUUUCAUGCAAUAAGGGAAGAGAAGAUGAUAAAGCACAGAGAGGAAAAGAAUCUGCCAUUGAUAAACACGAAUGCUUGGAAUGGCUCAAUUCCAAGGAACCAAAUUCUGUAGUUUACAUCUGUUUUGGAAGUAUGGCAACCUUUACUUCAAAACAAUUACAUGAAAUUGCAAAGGGCGUUGAAAUCUCAGGCCAGAAAUUCAUUUGGGUUGUUCGGAAAGGAAAAGGCGAAGAUCAAAGUGAAAACUGGCUGCCUGAAGGAUUCGAGGAAAGAACAAAAGAUAAAGGACUGAUCAUAAGAGGGUGGGCACCCCAACUUUUGAUUCUUGAAAACAAAGCAAUAGGGGCUUUUGUAACCCAUUGUGGAUGGAAUUCGACGCUUGAAGGGGUGUGUUCAGGGGUGCCUAUGGUGACAUGGCCAGUCUUUGCAGAGCAGUUUUACAAUGAGAAAUUGGUGACAGAAGUUUUGAGAAUUGGAGUUUCUGUAGGAAGUAAGCAAUGGAAGAGAGCGGCUAGUGAAGGCGUAGAAAGGGAAGCCAUAGCGUUGGGGAUUCGGCAAAUCAUGGAAGGUGAAGAAGGUGCAGAAAUGAGAAGACGAGCUCAAGAAUAUAAAGAGAAGGCAAGAAUAGCUGUUGGAGAAGAUGGAUCUUCUUACACUAAUUUGAGUGCUUUGCUUCAAGAACUAAAUGCGUAUCGUGAUAGUGCCAGAGCUUAA